GUGUGAAACUGACUUUAGCUGACCAAGCCUUUUUUUACACGGUAUAAAGCGUAUGCUCUUAUUUUUAUUCUCUCUCUUUUACCUUUAUUAUUUCUGAGAGAAAUAAACAUGGCUGCAGAUCUUCAAAGCGUCACUCUCUCCAACGGCAAGAAACUUGAGGUCCACACUCACCUCUUCAUCAACAAUGAGUUUGUGCCCGGCCAUGGUCCUUUGAUUGAAAACAUUAAUCCUGCCACAGAAGAAGUUAUCUGCGCUGUCCAUUCUGCUGACGAAAGCGAUGUCAACGCUGCUGUCGAAGCCGCCAAUACCUGCUUUAACAACGUGUGGCGCAAGGUCGCACCAGCGGAACGCGGUCUCUUAAUAAACAAGCUUGCAAAUCUUAUGGAGCGUGACAAGGAAGAAUUGGCUGCUCUUGAUGCUUUAGACAACGGCAAGGCAUACACUGUUGCUCGCGAUAUCGAUAUCACUGACUCGAUUGCAUGCUUCCGCUAUUUCGCGGGCUGGUCCGACAAAAUUCAUGGUAAAACGAUCGAUACCGUCGCAGACCGUUGGUGCUAUACGCGUCACGAAGCUUUGGGUGUUGUCGGAGCUGUCAUUCCAUGGAACUACCCCAUUAUGAUGGCAGCAUGGAAGUUUGCUCCUGCCCUUGCAACUGGCAACUGUGUUGUCAUGAAGACUUCUGAGCUUACGCCUCUCAGCAUGCUCAAGUUUGCUGCCUUAGCCAAGGAAGCUGGCUUCCCUGCUGGUGUUGUGAACAUCAUCACUGGUUAUGGUGCCACUACUGGCAACUUCUUGGCCAACCACAAGCUUGUUUCCAAGAUGGCUUUCACUGGUUCUACUGUCACCGGUCGCAAGAUCAUGGAAUCCUCGUCUCAUAGCAACUUGAAGAAGCUUCAGCUCGAGCUUGGUGGCAAGUCUGCACAAAUUGUCUGCGCCGAUGCCGAUUUGAAGAACGCUGCAGUCAUGGCCUGCGGUGGUAUCUUUAACAACCACGGUCAAAGCUGCAAUGCCGGUUCGCGUAUCUUUGUCCAAUCAUCUGUAUUCGACAAGUUUAUGGACCUCUUUGUCAAGGCCACUGAUGAUAUUGUUCUUGGCGACCCAUUUGCUGAAGACACUUUCCAGGGACCACAGAUCAGCAAAGGUCAGUUCGACAAGAUUAUGAACUACAUCAAGAUUGGCCAAGAAGAAGGUGCUACGUUGUAUAAGGGUGGCAAGCGAUGGGGUGAUAAGGGCUACUACAUCGAGCCAACCAUCUUCAUCAAUUGCAAGAACAACAUGAGAAUAAUGCAAGAAGAAAUCUUUGGCCCUGUGGUGGGAAUUGCUACCUUUGAAACCAUUGAUGAAGCUAUUGCUUUGGCCAACGACUCCACCUAUGGUUUGGCCGGUGGUGUCUACACCUCUAACGUUGAUACUGCUAUCCGCGUAUCCAACGAGAUUAAGGCUGGAACUGUCUGGGUAAACACUUUCGAUGUCUUCGACCAAUCCACACCCUUCGGUGGCUAUAAGCAAUCAGGUUUUGGCAAGGAGUUGGGUAAAUAUGCUUUGCAGGAGUAUACCCAGGUCAAGGUCGUCAAGUUCCAGCUACUCAACACUGGUGCAUAACUCUCUUUUAUCGCGUCCCUUUAAAUGUUUUAAACCAUUGCUCCCCUCCUCUUCGCUAAUCCUUCAAACAUAACAAAAUAAUCCAUCCAUCCCAUCUUGCUAUACAAUACCAACUUCCUCCACUAGCAGAGAUUAUUUUGUAACGAAGCAUUGCUGAAAAUCGAGUCGUUUGAACCUGGUCGCAUCCACAGAAUAGCAAAAGCUGUUUUUGAUAUGUAUUGUGAAUGAUAGCUCUAAUGUCCAAUAACGUGUAAGAUAACCCAUUUUCACAACCCACUUUGGUACUUUCCAUACCUCCAAUCACAGUCCUAGCUCAAACACGCUUCACAACCUUUCGAAUUUUCAACUUAGGGUAAUACUUUGACCAUUAAAAAGACAUAACAGUGG